CAUCAUACGCGGCUUAACCGCCUUCCCUCUUUGUCGCCCCUUGGCUCUCGCAAAGGGCAACAGGCAGCGACGAAUCAAACGCCAUUUUUUCGGGCCUCUUUAUCCUGUGACUCUUUCCGUGGUUGCGCGGAUCCGAUCCUCCUCCCUCUCUGAUCUCUACUCCCCAUCCCUUCUCUUUGUCUCUGGAACGCAACUAAGAAUCCCAUCACCGGAAAGAAACCCUAGUUUUCUGAUUCCAUUUUCGAGCUCGGAGAGGCGAAGCGACGAGGAGGUGGGAAAGAUGAACGACGCCGAUGUGUCGAAGCAGAUCCAGCAGAUGGUCCGGUUCAUCCGGCAGGAGGCCGAGGAGAAAGCUAAUGAGAUCUCGGUCUCCGCCGAAGAGGAAUUCAAUAUAGAAAAACUGCAGCUAGUUGAAGCAGAGAAAAGAAAGAUCCGACAAGAAUAUGAACGCAAGGAAAAACAGGUGGAAAUUCGCAGGAAAAUUGAGUACUCAAUGCAGCUGAAUGCAUCACGCAUCAAAGUUUUGCAAGCCCAAGAUGAUCUUGUAAAUUCAAUGAAGGAGGCUGCUAGCAAGGAGCUUUUGCGUGUUUCUAAUGAUUCAAAGGCCUAUAAAAAGCUUUUGAAAGGACUGAUGGUCCAGAGCUUACUGCGCCUGAAAGAGCCAUCAGUUUUGCUGCGUUGCAGGGAGGUUGACCGUAAACUGGUAGAGUCUGUUUUGAAUGAGGCUAAACAAGAGUAUGCAGAUAAAGCAAACGUUCAUGCACCAAAAAUUACUGUUGAUAAUGUGUAUCUUCCACCACCUCCAACUGACAAUGAGAUUCAUGGAACUUUUUGUAUAAGGACAUAUGGUCAUUAAGAGGAAGGAGUGCCGUACAUGGUUGGUGGUGUUGAGGGGAGAAAAUGUGUCGAUCUUUUAUAAGGGAUUUUAGGGGGAGGGAGUUUUCAACAAUUGGAAACGUGGAGUAAGCACCCACUUAUAAUGAAAUAUGUGUAUCCACCGUUAAUGAAUGCCCAGGGUUUGCCCAUUAGCAUUUCCCUUUUUAGCCUAUUCUUCUUUCCAUUUUGAUGUUCAUUUUUGCAGUGCAGUAAAUGCUGGUUUGCCCUGUAGUGUAUAAAAAGAAAACAUGGCAAAUAUGAAGUGGUGUUGCAAGGCAUCGUGAUUCAUAACAUUUGAAAAAGAAGAUGAUACCAAUCCUCAAACCCUUGACCAAAAUAUUAGGUGUGAAGAUCCUGGCCACCCAGGAAGAAGGGGUGAUUGGCGAUUAUUGACUAUCAGAAUUCCAAGCACAAAAGAAUAGAAUUUCUGCUAUAAGAUAGAAUAAUGGUAACGCAUGUUAUUAUCUAAAAGCUCUAAUAUUAGAGCAUACUUCAUUUGAGCGAUCCUCUGACAGUCUAUGUGAUCUUACAGUCUGAACCUGCAGAAUGAGUUCUCAUUCCUGACUUGCUUAUUAUGGGGUAAAUCUUUCUGAAACAGCAUUGGUGUUAGUCAGUGGUCUGUUCUGAUCUUUCCUGCAGCAUCUGUUUUUUAACUAUGGGGGUUUCUAUGCUUGUCAUGCUUUACUUCUUUUUUUCUUAAGUGCUUGACUUUGUUCGGUGAAAAGUAUCGCCCAGCCGAUGAAAUUUCUUUUGGCUUUACACAUCCUUAUGGGAUUUUAGUCGAGCACAAAUUGAA